UAAUUACAAUGCGAUUGUCACGCAGUCAGUUACUUGGAUAUUGCAAUUUCAAAAUAGAAAACAGGAUUUUUAAAUGCAUUGUACGAUUGUACGAUGAAUGUUUUGUUUGGUUACAGAAUAUACGCUAAUCAUUUCAAUAGCUUUGCUUAAUACUUGUUGAUCCAAAUUGCACAAAUCUUCUAAAUCAGUAUCACCAAAACGCGCUUCGAGUUUGAUUGCAUAAGCUCUGACGGCCACAAGCAUUUUUAAUCGACCAAAUAGCAUUUGCUAUUUUUGUUGUUCUUACACGCGCAUACAGCACAGGCUUCGAUGCAUGUGUUUAGCCAAACUCAUUUCUAUUGAAAGCAAUUCUUUCUUAUUUUUGUUAUAUUCACUUUGAAAUCAAUUUUAAAUAGCCGUAUUUUUAUAUUCUCUUCAGCUUCACUUUUGUUUUCACAUUCUCGUUUUAUUCACCACGCUACUGAUUGCACUCAAUGGGCCAGUACUGGAGACUCGUUUGCUUAGACAAAAGACAGGCUACUGGCAGCUACGGUAAACUUGGCGAGUUUAUUUUUGAUGGCAGCAGCCCAAGAUAUAUUGCGAGAAUGCUAACUCGCGGCAUUUACUAUAUUCCCGAUAGGCCGUUGUCAGCGAGGCCGAUCAGCGAGCACACAACUAAUGUGGGUUCAGUAAUCGAGUCUCUACCAGACAUAGUGCUGGACACGAUCAUGCUGCACCUGCCGGUGGUUGACGUCUGGUGCUUUGCCCUGACUUGCUACCGCACGUUGGAAAUUGGCCGUCGCAACCUGGCUCGUUAUUUCAACUUCAAGGAGGGCAACAGGGUCUGGGCUGGAUGCCGCAUCAUUUGCGUCGGAGACUACAUUGAAGAUUACCCGCCUGGAGUUCUCACCGCUUCAGAGGAGGCAGAGUUGUCUGAGAAGAACCUGUUCCGCUUGGCUGAUGAUUUUGGGGAAGAUUGCAGCUAUGAAGAUCCAAUGAGCAGCUUUUGCGAACGCGUGUUGUUUUCUGGACACUACGGUUUAGCGAGAGAGCUUCUUCCCAAAUACAAGAUCAUGAGCCAGCAAGACAAAAGCUACAUACUUCGCAAUCUGACCACCAAGGAGUAUGUGCGCGCUGAAGCAUUCCACGACACGCUAGCCAAAUUCAAUAUUGGCGAUUUGAUUCUAUCGCGCAUAUGUUGGUCGUCAGAUGACUCGGUAGCCAUGGUUAACAAUGUCGAUAUCCACCGCGGCCUUUGGGCUGGCCACCGCCUUGAUGUAAGCACCAAGGACACUGUGGACGAUACUUGGAAGGACGCUACAGACAAGUCGUACGAAUGGGUCAAGUCAAUUUACGAAAACGAGUUUGGAAAGAUCAACUAACAUGCAUCAUUUAAUUUUUUGUGGAUUCAUGAUUAUAAAAAGUUAUGAAUUUGCGUGUACGAUCUUGUGGUUUUCUCGAUUUUGUGACUGGGGAGCGCAGCUUGCAACUGCAUUUUAAGAUUAUGCAAAUUAUUUGCAUCCGCAAGCAAAGCUGCGCAUAAAAAGCACAACAAUUACCAUGACCCCCAAAGAAGUUUGUUAAAUGAGGUGUGUAAAUGGAGACUGUUAUUAUGUAGCAUUUUUUUGGCUUUGCAACAACUACUUUUUUCAUUUCAUUUUAUUUUUUAUCACGC